GUUCAGAAAAUACAAUAUCCCAGUCAGAUAGGCCUACUUUCGAUUUCAGGAAAAUAUUUUUUUGAAAAUUAUUAUCUAUAUUACCCGAUGAUGUCAAGAAAAUAAAGAUGACGGGUUAAUAGUUCAAGAAAAUGGCGGAUACUGGUGGAAAAAAUCCCAAGGAUGCUAAUAGUGGAGCAACAAGGUCUCAUGCUGAAGAUGGAGGUAAUGCAAAACAGGUUCCCAACAUGUCAGUACCGACAGAUAGGUCUACAAAGAAGGAGACGGAAGAAAAGCAAAACAAAAAUGGUAAAUUAAGCCCAUGUGCCAGUACUAGUGCAACCAAACAAAGUGGUUCAAAUGCAUUUGUCAAUGCACAGAGAGCUAAAUAUGAGCGGCAUAAGAGGGAGGGUUGUAAAACAGAAGGAACUACAGAAGAAGAUCAUGAGGAACAAAUGAGAGAUGGGGACAAUAUUUCAAUUCAGUCUUUUAAUAUGACAAGCAUGACACAAAUUCCAGGUGAUAACAACACAGAGCUUAAACCAAACACAGAGCUGUGCUCUACACUAGGAACAGGUGAUGAGAUUGUUCAUGGUGUUAACAAUGCUGCAAAAUUGCCUGAGACUCACAAUGCUGAAGGUGAAAAAGAAAUUAAGCAUUUUGUAAAAUUUGAAGAACAUAAAACAAUACAGCAAUUUUCAGAGACACCUGUUUUUAGCAUACAGAAGGUUGGCGAUUGUUAUUUACUUUAUAAACAAAAUUAUCCGCCAGUGAUAUUACCUGAGCUGGAAGGAGCUUCAAAUGUAAGUGUUUCGAAAGAUAUGAUCUUUAUUCACAAUGUCCCAAAAUAUUUGAUAAAAAUAGAGAAUGAAAUGGUAACAGUAUCUGAAUUAGGAGUUGCUAAAUUUGAAGUUAAAAGAAGUGAAAGCAAUAACACAAAAAGAUCAGGACAGGAUCUGUCUGCAGAAAUUCAGGAGCAAAAAGGAGAUGAAGAAGGAUUGGAAAUGAAAAAAGUAAGGGGAACAACUCAAGAUAUGCAAAAUGUUUUGAAUCCACCACAAGAGAAUGAUACAAAUCCAUUGGACCAUCAAGAUACAGUAACUGAUGUCAAUACUGGCGGCUCAUCUAGUGACGAUGUAAAGAAAGAAGAAGCAAAAGCAGAUGUUGAUGAUGAGCUAAUUUGCAAGCUUCAAAGAAUGGAAUUAAAAGAUGCUCCGGGACAACAACAGCAGUCAUUAGAAGAAGCAGUAUGUAAGGAUGAGAAACCACCUAUACCAGCCCCUAGAUCUAAAAAUAAAGGAAACCUGCUGGCUUUUAAACAAGAAUUAAAUGUAGAGAAAAAUCUGAUUGAAGGCUUAAAUCUAAAUCUAAGAUGUUCUGUGAACAAACUACACAUGAAACCCACAUGGUACAUAGAUGGGAAGCCACUGGAACAGAAUGAGAGAAUCACACAGACAUCAAAAGGUUUCAGCCAUUUCCUUGAGAUACAAAAUGUUUGCCAACAAGACUCCGGAGAGUACACAGUUAGUAUUGAAAAUCUGAGUUCAACAUCAAAGGUCACAAUUAAAGAAUUACUACAGAAAGAUGAUACAGUUCAACUAUACUCUAGCUCAGAUUCUUCAGAAUCCAUUGUAGAGACCAUUCCAUGUGAAGACCUGGAUGAACAAAUUAGAGAGUGGGAAAAUUCUUCAACUUCUUCUAUGACCAGUAUAACACAUAUUGCAGAUGAUAAGGAAAAAAAUAUUAAAUUAGACACAGUUUCUGAAGGAAUAGGUGUAUGUCCUUUACAAGGGACUGAUUGUGUAUCUGGUCGUAAAGUUGACAAUGCUGCUAAAAUACCUCAGACUCAAAUUGCCAGAGGUAAAGAAGAAAAUAAAGUUCCAGAGACACUGGAUUUCAGCAUAGAGAAAGUUGGUAAUAGAUUUAUACUUAAAUGUAACAAUCUUGUAGUAAAAGUCCCACAGCUGGAAGGAGCUUCAGGUGUGAGUGUAUACAAAGAUUUUAUUUUGAUUGAUAAUGAGCCUAUAUAUAAUAUAAAAAUAGAAAAUGGAAAAGUAAAGAUAUCUAAAAUAGGAGAUGCUGAAUGUGAAGUUAAUAGAAUUGACAACAAUAGCACAAACAAUUCAGGAAACAAUGAAAGUGGCCUAUAUGUAGAAAGUCAGCAGCCUCAAAAUGUUGAAGAAGAAUUAGACAUUAAAAAAGUAAGGGGAACAACUCAAGAUAUGCAGAAUGUUUUAAAUCAACCACAAGAGAAUGGAACAAAUCCAUGGAACCAUCAUGAUACAGUGGCUGAUGUCAAACAUACUGGCUCAUUUGAUGCUGAUGUAUUGAAAGAAGGAGGGAAAACAGCUUUUGAUAUUACGAGAGAACAACAGCAGUCAUUAGAAGAAGCAGUAUCUAAAGACGAAAAACCACCUAAACCAGCAGCUAGAUCAACAAUUAAAAAUGCUGAAAAGUUGGAAAAUAGUCAAACUCAGAGUUCAUAUUCAAGGGAUAUGAUGGAAAGAAGGUAUUAAUCUUAGCUUAGAUUAGAUGUUUCUAAGUGACCAGGAAGGAAUGACUGAAAAACAUGUGGCCAUGUCCAAAAGAAUUGUUGGUGCCUCAUAUCAAUGAAAGAGCUUGACACUGUCACACAUUGGACAUAAAGAAGCGCUGUGCCUGCCAAAUUGGCCGUAACUUGUCACUUGUACCAGGAGGAAGAAUUUGUACUUUAUAAAUCCAAUGUCAGAUAUUGCAAGACUUUUGAAAAAUCUACACAAUGGGGGAAAAGGGCAUUGUGUACAUCUUCAGAUAAAUUACUUGACAGUGUGUAGCUUCUCACACUUCUGACAGUCAAGAUCUAAUUGUAUUUUAUUUAUUAUUUUGUAAUUUUAUUUACUAUAACAACUAGUGUAAUAUCUAUAUGUUUUACUUUUGAUAAUUUUAAUAUUACUAUGUUUUUCUUAAAUUCUUUUGCUUUAAAUAUUUUUCAGUUUUUAUAAUUUCCAUUUUAUUGAUUGUGUAAAUUUCUGAUACUUAAUUUUUCAAACUUGCCAAAAUUACUUUAGUAUAAUAACAUAGUUAAAGAAACCAUCAAGUCAGCUUGAGCUAUUAUUGUCUGAAAAUGUAUGUGCUGGCUUAAAUUCUAUAAGUGUUAAAACAGCCAAAUCUUAAACAAUGUAGUUUUAUCAACUCAUACUAGAAUGACAUAUCUUAGUAAGCAGUGUCAAUCCCUUAAGCAAAAUACCAGACCCAUAAUUGAUUAUAACACAAAGAUAGGUAUGAAACCCUAGUUCCUGUGUUUGUUCUACAAUUAUCUUUCCUGGGGAAAAAAGCUAAUUUUUUUUUUUACCAAAAGACAAAGCUGAAGUCAUUUUAACUUUGGACUUACGAUUAAAUGUUAACUGUUUAAAACUGUCUUUUUUAUAUAUUCCAGAUAUGUGAUAUUUUUAUUUUCAAAUGUACAAUUUAGAAUAUUUUAUUAAAUAUGAUAUUUAAUGUUCUAGAUAUUUGUACUUUGUUAAGCAUAGUGUAAAAUUUUAUCAUCUGAAUUUGCAACUGUUUAUUAACUUUAUAUAUUUAUUUCUACUUAUGAAAUUAUUAUGUUGUAGUUUUUAAUGUUUUUCAUUUUCAAGUUUUUAUAUAAUUAGGGUUUAGAAUCAUAAUUAAACCCUUUGCUUACCACUGGGACUAAUAAUGUAACUAUUUCUGCCCCAGCUUACCAUAAUUUUAACUAUUUGUAAUUAUACUUGCAUUUCAGGCAGUUUGAAAUUUCUGUCUUUAUAACCUUUUAUCUAUGAAAAAAGGACUUAUAACAAAAGUUACAAAACUUUGUGUAAAUAUGUUUUCUUGUAAAAUGUGUUAAGUUGAUUUUUUUUAAAAUAGAAUAAGAUCUAAAUAAUAAGUGAAUGAUUGCAAAAAUAUUUUAAAGAUCACUUCCGAUGAGCAAACACAUUCGGCGGGGCAUGGCCAUGAUAACAUGGCUCUUGUUAAACUAAAAAUCCUUUUGGUAUACACAUUUCAAGGUCUUACAUAAUAUAACAACUUGGCUGUCAUUAAUGAGGCCUAUAUGAUUCAUAAAAUUUAUGCAUAUAUUAUUUGGUAAGAUUUGAAAUAACUUUUGUCAUAAAAUUGCUGCACACAACCUUUGCUUCACAAUUUUCUAGUGACUAGUCAUGACCAAGUAAUUAACCCUUAUUGAUUUUUGGUCACUAGGUCAAAAGUCAGUCAUAAUAAACUGAUCAAAUGACUAAUUGGCUGCUGAUAGGGGGCAUACAUGUUUUACAAACAUAUCUUGUUAAAUAUACAUUUAUUGCAGUCUGAAAAUAACAGUAUAUAUGUUGUAAUAUGUUUUUAUUAUGUUUAAAAACUAUU